AUGGCCACAAGAGAUAGAACACCAGCAUUUAAUCUUUUAAAAUCAGAAUUUAAAAAUAGAAGACCAAGUAAAUCAUAUAAUCAAUCAGAAUCUGAUGAUGAUUCAAAUAAUGUACCGUUGGUUGCAUUAAAAGGUACUUCAUCAGGGGGAAAUGCACAGCCACAAUUAAAAGAGUUAAAUGUUUUACCACCAUGGAUGCAAAAAAUAAAUGAUAUAGAUUUAAAUCUUAAAAAGAUUAGCGAGUUAAUCGAUAAAUUAAAAGGUUAUCAUGAUAAAAAUUUAUUACCAGAUAUGAGUAUGGAGGAUCAAUCAGAUUUAGAAAGAUCAAUUGAAAUUACAACAACAGAAAUCACAAGAUUAUUCCACAAAACUCAUGAUUAUAUUAAAAAUUUAGGUAAAGGUGCAAAUUUAUCACCAGAGGAUCAAAAGAUGAAAAAAAAUAUUCAAAAUUCCAAAUCAGCCAAAUUACAAUCAUUAUCAUUAACAUUUAGACAAAAACAAAGAAUAUUUUUAACAGCAUUACAAAAAAGGUCAAAUGCAUUUUCAGAAUGGGGAAUUGAUUUUAAUGAUGAGGAGGAGGGUGGUGUUGUUGAUCUAGAUUUCUCUGACGAGUUAAAACAGGUUGUAGAUCAUAUGGAAUUGGAAAUUACUCAAAGAGACCAAGAUAUUCGUAAAAUUGUAGCUUCAAUUAAUGACCUUUCACAAUUAUUUCAAGAUAUUAGUAUUUUAGUUGUUCAACAGGGUACAUUGCUUGAUAGAAUUGAUCAUAAUUUAGAAACAGCAUACGAGGAUGUUAAACAAGGUACAGUAGAAAUUGAAGAAACAAAUCAAUUACAUAAAGAAUAUAGAACAAGACUUUGUAUUUUAAUGAUUUUAGUAGCUUUAGUAGUUGCAAUGGUGUUUUUAUUUAUUCUCAGAAUUAUUUUUUAA